AUGGCAGCGGAAUCUGAGCGCAAUGGACGUUUGUUUGAAAGGCCGAAACCCAAAGUUGGCGUGGAGCACGUCCAGCCUGAUCCUAGCAAGCUUGGCCAGAGUCAGCAACUCGGAAACAGUAAUGGCCAAGCCGAAGCCAUAGGCGUUGCUCAAGGCUUAGAUGACGAUUCCUUUCAGUUCGGGGAAGAGCUAGGAAAGAUCCAGUUCUCCCUCAUGUAUGACUUUCCCGAUCAAACACUGGUGCUGCGGAUCGUCAAAGCAAAUCAUCUUCCUGCCAAAGAUUUCAGCGGAACAAGUGAUCCUUUUGUUAAAAUCAUGCUUCUGCCAGACAAAAAAGUCAAAAUGGAGACCAAAGUGAAGAGGAAAAACCUCAAUCCUAUUUGGAAUGAAUCUUUUCAUUUUGAAGGUUAUCCAUACAGCAAAAUACAAGAGCGUGUUCUGCAUCUGCAGGUGCUGGACUACGAUCGCUUUAGUAGAAACGACCCGAUCGGGGAGAUCAACUUGCCACUCGCCGAGGUCGACUUGACACACGAAAAAUUGUACUGGAGGGCACUCACGCCAAGUAAAAAGUCAUCAGGUAAACUCGGGAGUUUACUGGUGUCAUUGUGCUAUGCACCUACAGCCGGAAGGAUUACGAUUACAGUCCUCAAGUGUCAAAAUUUAGCUGCCAAAGAUAUUACAGGAAAAUCAGAUCCGUACGUGAAAAUCUGGCACAUGCACAAGGACAAGCGCGUUGAGAAGAAGAAAACAGUCAUCAAGUACCACACGCUCAAUCCAGUCUAUAACGAGUCCUUCGUCUUUAACAUCCCGCUCGAUAGGAUACGUGACACGACCUUCGUCGUUUCGGUCCUGGACAAGGACCGCCUCUCAAAGAACGAUAUGAUCGGCGGGAUCCUUCUCGGCGCGCGGACGUCACCGGCCGAAAUGAGCCACUGGAAUGAGAUGAUGAGCAAGCCGCGGACUAAUAUUGCCAAAUGGCAUGUGCUAAAAGGGGUUAAUUGAUGAUAGCGCCGUCGCCGCGGCGUUUUCGAUGUCGAGUUGGUACUUUCAACACAUGUGCAUUUAUCCGACCGUAGAUUUCAAGCCAACUGUCCGACCCCC